CCGUCGAGUCUCGCUCUCUCCUCUCGCGGAUUAUUUCGCGAUACAGGCGCACACACGCAGCGGCGGCUCGGCGUGCACGGGUGUGCGUGAGCGAAGAAAGAAGGAGCGACGGAGAGGGAGACAGGCGGCGAGCGGAGCGAGGGAGCGAGACGGCGGUGUGUGCACGUGUGUGCGCGCGCGCGCGCGCGCUGUCUGUCCCUCGGGCAGCGGCAGCAGCAGCAGGCCAGCCUCGGCGAGGAGCGAGAACACGAGCGCACUAUAGUCGUCCGGCGGACGCGGAUGCACGCUCAUCGGCAACUACUAUACAGCCCGCGCCGUACUACACACGUACACUUGCGCGUAAUACGUGGGACGCCCCCUACGCCUCUCUCGCUCUCUCUCUCUCUCUCUCUCUCUCUCUCUCUCUCUCUCUCUCCGUACACGCGCGCAUCCGGGUAUACACGUAUACGUGUGACGGGCACAUGACGAGCGAUAACGGCCGCAGUGGUAACAGACGGAGAAGAGCGAGCGAAGUAGUAGCGGUGAGCAGCAGCUCGUCAUCAUCGUCCUCGCGAGAUCUCUGCAUCCCUCCUUCUCUCUCGACGUCGGCCGUCGGCUGCUACAGCAGCAGCAGCUCUCUGCCCCUCUCUCUUCUGCUGCGCGCGGCGGCACAGUGUUAGUGGCAGCGGCAGCAGCACCGUACAGCACGGGAGAGCGACAGUCACUCGCUGGCGGCUAUGAUUGAUCGUCCUACGAUAGCCGCCCGGUGGAUUAUUCGCAGUGCCGGCGGCUCUCGCUGAUCAGGAAACCUGCUACCGGUGCACGCGCCUACUACUACGCGGUGUGCUCUCGCGACACAGGAUAGUACAGUGAACAAAUUGUGAUACUCGAUUGUUGGUGACAAUUCGGAUGAUCAGUGCAAAGUGUUGUUGUUGUUGUUGUUGUUGUUUGUUGUUCUCGCCGUCGCCGUUGACAAUGCAUCGGGAGCCGCGAGAAGCGGAGCAACAACGACGUCCGGAGUCUCGGCGCCCAUGACUGGCCGGAGGAAGGCUGGCAAAGUAGCGGCAUCAGCAGGGACGACACCGGUGGGCAUGGAACCAUCGUGGAGGUGGAAGAAGUGGAUCCCGAGCAGGGAGUCGACGACGACCGCGAGGAUCCCUGACGGUGCGAGGACCACUGUGCUCCAGUGAUCGGCCCCGUAGCUCAACUCACGCCUACGAGCUUCGGAAUACGCAUAACGAGUGAAUAAGAGGGACGGACUGAAUGUCUCGGCGCACAGGUCCGAGGAGGUCCUUCGAACCUAACUGUUUCCGUAGUGACUCAAAGAUUCGUGCGCUUUUCACGCGACGAGUGAGGAAGUGAGGCUUCCACAGCCCGCAUACCUGCUGUGCAGGCGUAUAACGGAGCCGACGGCGCGCGCGCUCCGAAGCAGGCGCGGCGGCAGCAGCAGAAACAGCAGAAGAAGACGAGAGGCCUGCAGUAGGCGAGAGGGAGAUGUCACGGCGCAAGCAGGCUCGACCCAGCCGUGCUAACCUCGAGGACGAGCUUGUCCAGGGAGCCUUGCGGAUCAACGCGCAGUUGGUGCAGGGGAGCCUUGCGCUCGAUGCCCGGGAAGACAAUGACUCAGCGGCGUCGGACGGUGAGGAGAGCGCCGGAGGCGGCCCGGUCGGCGACGAGGCGGUUGACCUCAGCUCGGCGCGCUCCCACCACGGGGACGAGGAUCUGGACGAGCGCGGCGAGCCCGAAGAGCCCGCCGUGCCGAUCGAGCUCCCCGACGACGAGGACGUCGACGAGCAGGAUGAGCCCGAGGACUUCGACGAGGCCCAGCCCCAGGGCCAGCGCGUCAAGAAGCUCCGCCAGGAGCUCGCGCCCGGCAACGAGGACGACGAGGAGGGCUCGCGCAAGCGCAUGCGCCUCUGCCAGGACGCCGAGAACAACAACAGCUUCGUCGAGGGCGGCCCGGCCACGGGCGUCUUCCCGCCCGCGGGCACUAGUCACGUCACCCUCGAGGCCCUCCAGAACACCAAGGUCGCCGUGGCCCAGUUCGCCGCGACGGCUCUGGCCGGCGGCGCCGACAGCGAAGCGGCCCUCCAGGAGCUGGCCGUCCUCCAAAACACCCUCUACACUCUGCAGCACCAGCAGGUCUUCCAGCUCCAGCUGAUCAGCCAGCUGCAGCAGCAGCUCUCGAUAACGGCCCAGCAGGCACCGGCCCUCGCCGCUGGCCAGGAGGCGGCGGGCAGCGGCACCCCCGGGCCCGACAGCAAGGAGGCCUCGCCCUCGCCGGCUGCCAGCGCGACGAGCACCUGCACCGGCACGGCGACGGCCCUCAUCCACCCGAAGCCCCUAUCGUCGCUCACGUCCCCGGCGCACUCGCGGCCCCCGAGCCACCACCAGUUCCAGCAGCAGCAGCAGCAGCAGCCCUCGCCCUCGUCGACGCCAGUGGCCCUGUCGGGGCAGCAGCUCGAUCGGCCCGCGCCCUCGGGCAGCUCCUCGCCCCUCGGCUGCGUGGCCCCGGCGCUGGCCAGGAGCUCGAGCAGUCCGCUGAACAGCGGUGGCGGCGUCGGCGCGCCCGGGGCCACGCCCUCGCACCAGGUGCCCGCGCUAUGCUCCAUCAGCUCGUCGCUCGCCUCGUCGAUCAUCACGAACAACGAUCCGCUGCCGCUGCACGAACCCAACACCCUGGAGAUGCUGCAGAAGCGCGCCCAGGAGGUGCUGGACAACGCGAGCCAGGGCUUGCUGGCCAACAACCUUGCGGACGAGCUGGCCUUCCGCGGGGGCGCCGGAGGCAAGGGCUCACGGCUCUCGCCGUACGACGGCAAGUCCGGCGGCGGCCGCAGCGAACCCUUCUUCAAGCACCGCUGCCGCUACUGCGGCAAGGUGUUCGGCAGCGACUCGGCCCUGCAGAUCCACAUAAGAUCGCACACAGGUGAGCGUCCCUUCAAGUGCAACGUCUGCGGCAGUCGCUUCACCACCAAGGGCAACCUCAAGGUCCACUUCCAGAGGCACCGCGACAAAUUUCCCCACGUUAAGAUGAAUCCCAAUCCCGUGCCCGAGCACCUCGACAAGUACCACCCGCCCCUGCUCCAGCAGCUGGCCGCCUGUGGCCAGCGUCCCCUCGGCUCCCCGCCCCCACCCCCGCCGCCCAUGCCCCCGCACAGCUCCUCGUCCGCCUCCUCGGGGGCCUUGGCCAGUCCCGGCGCGCCCCAGCAGCCCCCGCCGCCGCCGCCCUUCCACGCCGCGGCCUUCCUGCCCCCGCAGCCACCGCUGCCUCUCGGCCUGGCGCUGCCCGGCAUGCCCGGGGCGCUCUACCGGUCGCCCCUGCUCAAUUCCGCGGCAGCGGCGGCCGCAGCAGCAGCCGCAGCCGCGGCCGCGGCCUCGCACCGCGACCUCGCCUCCGCCGACCAGGACGGCCCGGCCGACCUUAGCAAGCCGCUCGGCACCCCGACCGCGCGCUCGCCGGCACACUCGCCCAACUCGCAUCAUUCCUUCAACGAGCACUGCCAGAAGCAGCAGCAGCUGAUGCUGCAGGAGCAGCGCGACGAGCUCGUGAAGCAGGAGCAGCGCGAGCAGUCCUCGCCCGCGCGGGACCUCAGCGGCCAUCAGCAGGAGCAGCAGCGCCAGCAGCGCCAGGGCUCGGAGCCCGCCGAGGGCAUCACGCCGAAGAACGAGCCCGAGGACGCGGAGGAGAUGAACGAGGAGGAGGCCGAGGAGUACGAGCGCGGCUACCACAUGAACGCCUCGCCGGGCGGCGCCGGCCAGCUGCAGCCCAGCCAGCUGAUGCAGCAGCAGAUGUACGAGGACUGCAGCAUGGACAGCAAGCGCAGCGGCAGCCGGCUCGACGGCGAGCCCGGCGACAUGGAGCCCGAGGACGACAUGGACGAGCAGCCGGAGAACCUGUCGCACCGCGCCAACCCGGCCUCCAUGCUCCAGCAGUCGAUGCAGGUCUACCCGGGCGCCUCGCCGGCCAGCAGCAGCGCGAGCAGCGGCAGCCUGCAGACCUCCUUCGCGAACAUUCUCUUCCCGGGUCUGGGGCCUCAUCCGCAACUCGCGCCUCACCAUCCCGCCAACGCCGCCGCCGCCGCCGCCUCCUCGCAGCCCGGUAACCAGAAUCCAUCCUCCGCAGGCGCCCAACAGCAGCAGCAGCAGCAGGCCGCCGAGAUGAUAGACCCGGCCCGCGACCCGGCCAUCUACUCGAGCCUCCUGCCCAGGCCCGGCAGCAACGACAACUCCUGGGAGAGCCUCAUCGAGAUCACCAAGACCUCCGAGACCUCCAAGCUGCAGCAGCUCGUCGACAACAUCGAGCACAAGCUCACCGACCCGAACCAGUGCAUCAUCUGCCAGCGGGUGCUCUCCUGCAAGAGCGCCCUGCAGAUGCACUACCGCACGCACACCGGCGAGCGGCCCUUCAAGUGCAAGAUCUGCGGCCGCGCCUUCACCACCAAGGGCAACCUCAAGACUCACAUGGGCGUGCACAGGGCGAAGCCGCCGCUCCGGCUGCUCCACCAGUGCACAGUCUGCCACAAGAAGUUCGCCAACAGCUUCGUGCUGCAGCAGCACGUCAACCUGCACACCAACGACCCGACCGAGCUCACGCCCGAGCAGAUCCGCGCGGCCGAAGUGCACGAUUUCGCGCCCGGCUACCCGCACCACCCGCUCGCGGCGUUCCUGCCCCAGGGCUUCCCGCCCCUGCACCCGGCGGGCUUCCCUCUGGGCUUUCCUCCCACGGCCAGGCAGCACGCCCUCGAGAGGCAGGCCGCUCUCGACAACGACGCCGACUCCAAGGACUCGCUGCAGCUCCAGCAGCAGCAGCACCACCACCACCACCAGCUGCAGCUCCAGCAGCUCCACCACCAGCGCUACCUGGAGGAGCACGCCGGGGGCGCCGGCGCCGACGACAUGGACGACGCCGAGGACGAAGAGGAGGACCGCCGGGAGGACGACGAGAGGUGCGACGACGCCCGCGAGAGGCGGAGCAGCCUCGACGGCGACGAGGACAAGGACCAGCAGGAGCUCGAGCAGGAGCAGGAGCACAAGGACGGCUCGCCGCACAUGCCCUCCUUCUCCACGUCCCUGGCGGCGCUCGAGAGCCAGGUGCGCACCAUCACGACCAUGGCCUCGGGCGGUAUGGGCAUGAGCCAGCCCCCGCCGGUCAAGUCGCCCUCCGCGUCGCUGCACCGGUACAACGGCAGCGAGAAGAGCAGCAGCCCGCCCAGCGGCCCGGCGGCCUCGGCGCCGCUCGACCUGACGCCCCGGGCCUCCUCGACGCCGGCCUCGGUCAGCUCGGCCCCGAUCUCGCCGCCCGGCAGCGGCGGCAACCCACAGACGCACCACCCGCCCCACCCGUUCGGCAUGUUCGCGGGACUGCUGCAGGCCGUCUCGACCUCGCCCACGGCCAGCCUCAACAGCGGCGUGGCCGGAGCCCCCGGUGCCAGCGCGGUCAGCCCAGGACCCGGGAUGGGGCCGCUCGCCUCGCUGACGACUUCCGCCGUCAGGGCCGCGACCUCGACCUACAAUCCGCUCGGUCUGGCGGUCGGCGGCUCGGCAGUGCGCGGCAACACCACAUGCAACAUCUGCUACAAAACGUUCGCGUGUAACUCGGCGCUGGAGAUUCAUUACCGGAGCCACACGAAGGAGCGACCUUUCAAGUGCACUAUCUGCGACCGGGGCUUCUCCACGAAGAGGAGCGACGGAACGAUGGCGCCAGUCGAAAAGUGCAAUUGCGCGGAGCGCGCGAGGCGCAGCGCCCGCGAGAAGGCGCGCAGGAGACGGAGGGCCGAGGAGCGCCGUUUGAGCGGCCGAGGGCGGACCGGCGGCGGCGGCGUAGCAGCAGCAGCUGCGGGCGGAGGGCCGACGCCGUCCUCCUACGCAGCCGCGCUCUACGGGCAGGACUCUAUGCGUCUGCCACCGCCGCCGCUGCCGCCGAUGCCAUCCGCCCUCGGACUGCUGGCUUCCGACCCCGUCUUCCUGGGCAACAUGAAGCAGCACAUGCUGACGCACAAGAUCCGCGACAUGCCGCAUCACCUCUUCGGCGAAGCGAAACCGCCCGGUAGUCAGCAGCAGCAGCAGCAACAGUCGCAGCAACAGUCGCAGCAACAUUCUCCGGUGCCUCCCCCGCCGACGCAGCAGCAGCAGCUCCUGCCGACCAGCCAGGCGAGUCUCCACGAACACCUGCAGCAGCAGCAGCAGCAGCGCGACAGAUCGAGAAGCCCGGUGUCUGCGGACGAGUCGAAUUUGGCGCCGCCGCCACCGCCGCCGCCCCCGAUGCCACCGGUCUCGCAGCCGCAGCAGCAGUCCAUACCGCCUCCUUCGUCCUUGGACGGCGGCAUGGCCUCCAUCAAGAAGACAGGCCUGCCGGACAACGACCUGCCCGCGCCCAAGAGGCCGCCCAGCAUGCCCAGCAAGCACUUGUGCCAGGUUUGCAAUAAGAAUUUCUCCUCGUCCUCGGCGCUCCAGAUCCACAUGAGAACACACACCGGCGACAAGCCCUUCCAGUGCACCGUCUGCCAGAAGGCCUUCACCACCAAGGGCAAUCUCAAGGUACACAUGGGAACUCACAUGUGGACCAACGGGGCGUCGCGUCGCGGACGACGAAUGUCAUUGGACAUACCCUCGCUUCCAAUCUCGCCCAAGGACUCGGAGUUCCUGCAGCGCAGGCCGGAUCUCUUCUAUCCGUACCUACCCGCGCCCUUCCUUAACGGAGUGCCGCAAAAGCUGAACGAGAUCUCGGUGAUCCAGGGCAGCAACGGUUUGCCUCUGCCUAGCCACCCGGUCGGGGCCAACAAGUACGCCGGUCUCUUCGGUUCGGUCUACGCGGCAGCGGCCGCCAGCGGGGCCGGCUUCCCGGGUGCCAACCACCACCACUACGGCGCCGACAAGCAGCAGGCUCUCACUCCACCCAUGAGCAACGGGCCCCUCGACAUGAUGGGGCCCAAGUCCGCGGGUUCGCUGCUCUUCCAGCCAGGGCCGCGCACCACAACGCCGCCCUCGCCGGCCCACUCGCCCGGAACACCGUCCUCCAACACGGGCAGCCAACAUUCGGCGAGCCUGCCCUGGAGCAGUGCGGCCGAGGCCGCCAUACGCCAGCACCAUUACGAGAGGGAGGCGGCUGUUGUCGCCGCAGCGGCAGCGGCGGCUGCGGCCGCUGCUGCUCAACGACCCGAGAGCGAAAGCUCGCCACCCGCACAGGCGCCCUCGAGACUACCGCCACCCACCGCACCUCGAGGGGAGGGACUGGCCGCCUAGAGUGCAGAAUAGUGACCUUAGAUUGUUUUCUAUUUUUUACGACGAGUAGGUGUUAGGAGCCAAGAGGAUUUUGGUUGUUUGUUUGGAGUUCGUAAAGGGAGAGCGCUUGUUUUAGAGGCUAUGUUGCUUGCAAAAGUUGAUUAUCAUUGUAAUUUUUUUAUCUUUGUUCGAUGUGAAAUUGUAAGUUGUGGUGAGAUCGCCGCGUUGAUUGUCGACGAUCGGAUUUCUCAUGGACUGAAUAGCGCAUUUGUUGCCGUUGGAACUUUCGGUUAACGUAAGGCGUUUAACGUAAGUUAUGUAGUGUGAGUGAAACUCGAGCGAUUCCACGCAUUUUUCCGUGUAUACUUGGAACUUUUCGAUUGCCAGCCGUUCCACAUACACUUCCCCACCCAGUCUUCCCCAACUGCGAGAUUGACUGCGAAAUGAGGUGCGAAUUUGUUGGAAGUCUAUAAUUAAGGUCUAUAUUUUUUGUUCUUUCGGUAGUCGAACUUAUUUUUCAAUCAAAGUUUUGUGAUUGUGCACGUACUAGAUUUUAUAUUGCAAGUCUUUGAUAGUGGCUGAGUUUAAGAACAAAAUAUAUGCGACCUGUGUCAACAAAUCCACACUCUCCACUCGAAAGCAAGUAGAACAGCCUCGGAUCACAUAGACUGAACGACCGAGCGCCUGCGACGCAACAUAUCUCUCUCGUACAGUUUCUACGCCACAAUGAAAAAGCACUGGCAGACGAAGACACCAUGUUCCUAUUAUCACACUAGUCUUAACAAUGUAUAAAAUAAAAUACUGCAGACGCGGAACUCUCGCCAAUUGAUAAUGGUCAGCGAUUUAUCCGGGUUUGCGUUAGGCUAAUCAUAGACCCGGAAAACUCGAGUCGUCGACUAUCGAGCCUCCUUUAGAUAUUUUUCUCCUCUGUCACCAUGCAGCGUCAAAAGUAUCAAAGUACUUCGGCCAUGUAAAGCAUUCCGAUUUCGUCACAGUUCAAAUACUUUUUUCGUAACGCGAUUUUUGUUUAACAGUCACAUUUUGAAGUACAUACAUUUUCUUCAUCGUGCUUUGAUGCUUUUAUUUAUGAUCUGACAUUGGAAAAAGUUAGGAAUUGAAUUUGUUAUUAAAUAUAAAUGAUUUCCAUCUA